CUGUCAUUUUGCCCCUGGGCUAAGCAUGGGUGGGCAGGAGCGACUCUUUCCACAAUGCUGCAGCGGAAAAGGCCUCACGGUGUGGGGUGCGGCCCGCAGUCACCCUUCAACACGCGGGAGCUGUAUUUCUUAAAGCUUUGCUGCUCUCCUCUGCCUGACGGGUGGCUCGACCUUGGGCUGUGCGUGCGCGUUUCCUCAGUUAAACGUUAACCCGCUUUAGUACUAAGCUGUGAAGGUGCUACACCGUGCAGGCUGAGAGGAGGCAGCAACUGUACCUGCUGAUAGCGAAGCUCGUGGCCUGAGGUGCAGUACUUUACAGGUGGAUGUAUGAAAAAUUUGACAUGAGUCUACCAUGAACCAAAGAAGACAUGAAGGGACAGAAAAUACCAUCUCUUCUCAUCUAUUUAUUUCACAUAGGUGCUACACUUUGGGGUUUUACAGAACAGGAAACAGUAACGGGGCUGUUUUCCAAGGAUUGCAUCCUCCCUUGUCCUUUCCCAGCUGGGGAUGAUGAAGUAAUUUAUUGGAAGAAAGGGGAAAAAAACGUGCACAGCUACUACUACCAGAGGGAUCAGCUGGAAAGGCAAGACUCAUACUACAGACACAGAACACACCUUUUCCACGAGAACAUUCCUAGUGGAAACGCCUCCUUGAAACUUAGUAACCUGACCUUGACUGAUGAGGGCCGUUAUAAUUGCUAUGUGGGAACAAGGCAAACUAAAACAGAAGUGGAAGUCAUGCUGCAUGUAAGAGUUUCCUCUUAUUAUGCACUGGAAUACCAAAAGACAGACACAGAAAGGAUGCUGAAGUGCUAUGCCUUUCUCGCUUACCCAGCACCACGUAUAUCUUGGGUACAAGGCAAUACAUCCAUCCAAGAAACAUAUCGGGAGGAAACCAGGGAUGGAGUUCUCUAUUCUCUUAGAAGUGAUCAGAACAUUAUAAACACAGCUGAUCCUUACUACUGUCAUAUUCAUCUCCCUAAUGAAGAGUGGGCUGCUGAAUGGAAGAUGCAAGACCAACUGUCUAACAUGGAAGGAAGUAGCACUGCAAUUCCUUGUGAAUACAGCAAUAACACUGCAAACACUGAAGGUUUCAGCGUUGUCUGGACCUUAAACAGAAAUGCAGUGAUUUCAGUCCUGGCCUCCUUCAAUGGUACAUCUCACUCUUACCAGCCUCGAGUCCAGAUUAACCAAAAUGACUUGUCACUGAUGUUGCGUGAUCUUACUGCAAACGACAGUGGAGAAUAUCUGUGUAACAUUUCAACACCUCACUACACAAAACUUACUGUGAGAACUUUGCAAGUUGAAAAUGCAGGUAAUACUGGGAAAAUUGUGCUAGGAGUGAUCGCUGCAGUGGUGGGAGCAGGAAACUGUUUCUUGCUCUGGUUCAAGAAAUGCAGAAGAAGAGAAGAAAUCAUAUGAGCACCUUGACAUACCAGAAGAAAAUCCCUCUCUGCACACACAGAUGCUACUGAGAUUGCUGCUGAAAAGAACAAAGAGUUCCUUCACCUUCCCCAUUGAGUUAUACUAAGAGCCACAUGGAAAUGUGAUUAUCUGAGCAACAGUAACAAACAACUGAACUGGUAGGAAAAAAAAAAAAAAAGUCAAUUGACACUUGUAUGUGAGGAGUCGGCAUGAAAAAUUGGAACUUGGAUGUCCUAAAGGGACAAUGAAAAAGUUUCCGCAGAAGAUUCGGUUUUGAGGGAUUUUUUUUUUUUUUUCAGUAUGAGGGAAGGAGGAGGCUUACUGUCUUGCACUUAAUUUAGUAUUUUAAUUUCAAGCAAAGACAACUUCCCUGUUUAAAAGUGGAAAAGAUCUAAGAGAACACCCUAUUUCUGAGCCACAGGCAGUCCUGAUGGGACAUGUCCCUCCACAGCAUCUCCUAUGUCUCUCCUGCAGCAAAAGUCUUUUGGCUUGUAGUAGUGGAAGCUUCUGAACUGACUGUUCAUAUGAAAAAGUUUACUUUCUGCUUUCCUACAAAAGUCAUACAGACUGACUGGCAGGACAGAUGGAAGCUGGGUUAUCCCAGCUUUAAGGGCUGUCCCCCUGCACAGGUUUAAUCUGUGCUGCUUUAACAAUCUGCACAUGAAAUACACGAGACUGUGAAGCAUGACUGGAUUUGCCCUUGGUUUUGAUUUUGUCAGAGAUCUGCCAAUUAGGAUUUGUUCCAAUAUAAUGAAGUGGGCUGUUGGCAAGAUGUAAUCUUUUAUUGAUCCCUGAGGCUUGGCAAAAAGAAAAAAGAAAUGAAUGGAAUACACUAUACAGUCUCUUUGGAUUUUCACUUGAUGUUUAUUUCUGUAAGGGCUUAUUUUUUUCUACAUCUGCUUUCAGUUGUGCCUGAUUAUAUCAAGCAUCUUCUCAUAUCUGUUAGCUUCAGCUGUACUUAUUCCUCUUCAUGAACCUGAAAUGCAAUUGAGAUAGUAUACAACUGUUAAAAAUGUUGGGGAGGUUUUAGAGUAAGUUCACAAGCAAAUGACAAAAGCUUCUCCUCCCUGGUAUUACCAGUUUGUAUCUGAAAUAGACUAGCACCGAUCUAGCCAACCUUUGCCAUCUUACUUUAACAAUACAGGUUUCUUGUCCUCAUGCUAGAGUAUAUAUCCCUUUGAUAGCAGAUGACUUCUAUACAAUUCUGUUUCAACAGAUGGUGGUGUUCUGAAUCACACACACUUCCCAGAGUUUCCAGGAACAUGGGUGCUAGUAGCAGUAGACAAGGUAUUUCUAAUGCUACAUGGUUAAAGUAGUCUCUCCAGUGCCUUUCUCUCCCCAAAGGAGAUGGGUCAUGACUUUUGGGACAGCACUCGCUGCCUGAACAUGUUUCCUGGCAGCUACUGCCGUUACUGCCACAAGUCCCUUUUUGUGGAGAUGACACCUUUGCAUGUACCGUUGAGCUCAUCUUUUGACAGCGCACUACUCUGCUAUGAACCAGAGCUGGAAUAGGUGUUAGCAAACUAGCAUCUGACUAAUAAAAAAAGGCAUCCAUUUUUCUGUGACUGUUGCAUAUUUAAGGCAGAAAGAGGGUACUAGUAAGACACAGGGAAUAAAUAGCACUCUUAACAGUAUUUAAAAAAAUAAAUUACUCUUAUGGUUUACCUA